AUGUCUUCCAAACAGAUUCUGCCUUCGGAGGAAAUCAUACAACAGUAUGGAAGCUCUCUGGUAGGCAAAACCAUCUUGAUAACUGGUGUAUCUGGCGACUCCAUCGCCGGCGAACUCGCCAUCCAACUAAGCGCCGCAAAACCCCAUCUCCUAAUCCUCAGUGCUCGAGCAGAGGACAGAAUCGCGCCUAUUGUUGAGAAAAUCAAAGCGAUGGCCCCCCAUGUCGCCACCAAAUUCCUCAAAAUGGACCUUGGAGAUUUGAAUGACAUCAAGACCGCGGUUGAUACUACUCUCCACGACAUCUCCAAGAUCAACCAUCUUGCGUGUGUUGCAGGUAUCAUGGUCCCUCCUUAUGGUAAAACCAAGGAUGGAUUCGAGACUCAGUUUGGGGUGAAUUAUUUGGCGAAUUUUCUGUUAGUGAAGUUGCUUCUUCCGAAGGUUAGGGCUGCUGGGGUCGGAGCGUCGAUCACUCUUGUUUCAAGUAGUGCGGCGAGGACGGGGAAGAUUGACUUUGAAGAUAUUGGGUUCUCAGACGGUAGAACGUAUGAGCCUUUGACAGCAUACUGCCAAUCCAAUGCCGCCGAAGUCAUGUUUGUCAAGAUACUUGCAGAGAAUUGGAUGGUCAAGGAAUCCGGGCCUUCAGCAUUGAUCCUGGUGGUAUGUAAUCAUGGUCUCAAUCAUUCACAGUCGUUGUUAGAUGCUGAGCUUUCCUCGGUCUCCGAAGGAGGGACGUAG